GAUUACGGGCUUGUGUUUUCCAAGUUGCCCGUGAACGCAUCAUGGUAGGGUUCCACUUCCUUGAUGCCUGGCGAACUGCCGUAGUUUCCCUCUAGCAAAACUGGACUUCCUCAACACUCUUCGUCUUACCGCGUGAAGCCCGUCGUAAGUGCUUCGUUCUUCUAGCGAUGGUCAUGACUCAGCAGGAGUUUGUAGAGAAAUUGGAGGCAGCACACUCUUGGAUGCAGGCUGUCCAGGAGAGGCUCAAGGCAAAUGAUAACACUCUUGGACCCAUCAAUGCCUUGAAGGAUCGACUGCAAGAAACGGAGCACAUUCAUCAGUCGCAGCAUGAAGGUCUUGCGAGGAUUGACAUGGUUAUGGUGGCAGCUGAGGGUCUUCUACAGAGUGGGGAUGAAAAUCUAAGAAACCAGACACAUUCCCAACUGAAAGAGAUGAAAAAUGACUGGGAGGAAACCUGCACCUACAUCGUCCACUGUCAUAGUCGGAUUGAGUGGGUGUGGCUGCACUGGAGCGAAUAUUUGAAAGCCCUCGAGGAAUUUGAACUAUGGCUUUUGAAGCAGCAGCGCGUCCUGGAUGUGGGUCUGGAACUGCAGCUCGGGGUGAAGGAGAAGCUGUGGCAGGUUGACUUGCACAGGGUCCUCAUGAGUGACAUCCACAGUCAGGCAACUCUAUUGGAGAGGUUGCUGGAAGAGGGAGCAUUUCUUUAUAACCAAACACAAGACUCCAGCUUGGAACCCCAUUCUCAGGAGAAACUGCAGGAGGUCUACAACGACAUCAGAGACAGAGCAGAGGAGAGGAGCCGGCUUCUUCACAAAAUAGCAGAGGACCAUCAAACCUUGCAAGGCUGCUCUCAGAGGUUCCAUUCCUGGCUACUAUCAAAAACCCAAGAGCUGACUCAGCUGAUGGAGAAGGAGGAUACGCCUGAGCUCAAGCUUGAAGCUCUUCAGCUGCUGGAUGGUCAUAUUGCGAGUGAGGAAAAAACGCUUCUGUACAUCGAGGAUUUUGUGGAAACUGUCAGGGCCAACACUUCUCCAGCUGGAGCUGAGGUACUUCUGGAGGAAGCUGAAGAGCUGAGACUUGGCUGGCAAAGAUUACGGCAAGGCCUUUGCGAAGCAGAAGAGGGACUUCGGGUCAGGCUGGACUCCCACAGCCAGUAUGUGACCAGGUGCCAGCGCCUGGGAGAGGACAUAGGACGACUGCGGGUGUUGCUCCGAGGGCUGGAUCAGGAACUGGAGAAGGGGGCAAAAAACGAGGGGGACUGCACUGAGAAGCAACUGCUUGAUCAAUGGACGAAAUAUGUGAGUUUGAGGAAUACUCUGGCAGGAGAGGAAUCUCGAGUGGAGCAGCUCAAAUCCCAGCUUAAGGAGUUGCUUCGGUUUUCUGCAAACCCAUGUCACCUUUCUGAUGAUGUGCUAACUGUGGUCAAAGAACACCAAAGUGUUAAAUGCAGAGCAACAAAACUCUGUUCUGAAUCAGAGUCUGGACUGAGAAACUCCCUCCAGGAUCCAUUAUUUGUCUAUAACCAGUGGAACCAAAUGGUGUCUGAAGUUCUCGAAGUUUCUGCUGAGGUCAAUGAUUUUUCUAACAUCGCCAUGCUGGUCAAAAACAUUGAGUGCCUGCUGAAAGACGGUGAACAGCUUCAGGAGCGCCUGCAUCAGGUGCAAGGUAUGGCGAGCAUGCUGAAAUCUAUUUUUGGUUCUGAGAGGUCAGAAACUUACCGAAGCGAGUUGGCCAGUGCCUUGAAGAACAGAGAGCUGCGAUACACUCAACUAUUGCAGAGGAAAAACAGGUUACAGGGUUUACUGUCCAGAACCAAAGACAUUGAUGGCACCUACCAAGUGAUUCGCUCAAAGCUGGAUGCUAUGCAAGACAGACUGGUGUCCGCUGAUGAUCUCCAGCCUGAUAUUUUAGCCAAAAAAAGUCAGUCUGACCAGUUUAGGGCAAUUCAGACCGAGCUGGAGGACUAUGAUGCCCACAUCACUGCCCUGGAAACUCUAAUAUCCAGCAGUCAAAGCAACAAGUCACUGUUGGACAAACUGAAAAACGACUGGAGACACUUGUAUAAUCGCGUCAAGGUGAAAGUGCAGCAGUGUGAGGAGGGUGUUGCGCUGCAUGAGAGUUUCCAUGAAAACCUCCUCAACAUUGAGAAGUGGCUUAUAAUCAGCAGUCAGAAGCUCAAGUCUUUCCUCAACCCAUCAGGACAUGGGAGCAUUGAGGGCCGCGAACAUGAAGCACAGAGGAUUCUGCAAGAAUUUCCAGAGAAGGAGCUGCAGAUCCAGCAGGUUGAGGCCAUGGGACAACAGGUAUUACAGAGGACUUCAGAAGAAGGAAGAGUUCAUAUUAUCACAGACCUGGAGCAGCUCCAAGAGUCCUGGUUGGCUCUAAAUAAAUACAGCUCAAUUCUUCACAGAGUAGUUCACAGCACAAACCUGACUGAGCCAGAUGCAUCGGUGGUUGGCGGUCUAUCUGAGGCUGAGAUUGAAGUGGACGAUGAGAUGUUAACCAAUCUUGAGUGCUCCACGAAACCAGGAGAUCUUGUUGCAGACAGUAGCCCUGCAGAAAACAUGGACGAACAUUUGGGAAUGGUCACCAGUAAACCCCAUGAUGGCCUUAAACUGGAUGUGCAGGAGGAGGAAGUAUAUCCUCGGUCAAACUAUGGAGAGAAAGUUGAUUCUUCUCUUUAUCACGCUCAAAAUGAUGGAGACUCUGACUCGGAUUCAAGAAGGCAAAUAUUGGCUGGCAAAGGAAUGACCAUCGAAGGGACGACAGAGGAGCAAAACAAAUUCCUUGGAAAACAAGGAGCUGCUCCCGUGCAAAGAUUUCAUCCUUCAGAACACCAAAAGAGCUUCUCACAAACAACGGUAAAGGGAGACACAAUGGCUUCCAGGCGUGAGGAGUUUGAGGCCUGGCUCUGCCGAGAUAAUGAGCUGUUGUCAGGUAUAAUCAACCCAAAAUCGUGGGCGGUGCCCAACUCAAAGCAGCUGAAGCUGCAGCAGCAGACAUUAAAGGCUCUCAAGGAAGGACUGGGCUGGGGUCAGGAACAUUUCCAGCUUCUGUUAGAGGCUAGUCAGGAGGGUGAAAAUGCUGCGGAGCUGGAGGAACUUCGCUAUCACUGGAUGCUUUACAAGUCAAAGCUGAAAGCUGCAGAAAACUUGCACGCCAGACUUGUCACCAAGAAGGUCCCAGUCGGACAAGAGAAGCUGAACCGUGGGAAAACGUUGCAGAAGAGCCCUGGCUUGAUGCAGCGCGUUUGUCGGCUGGCUCUUCCUCUUUGGCUCUUCCUGCUGGCUCUGCUGCUAUUGGCCUUCCUUCUGCCUCUGGUGGACGAUGGCAGCAGCUGCUCGCUCUCCAACAACUUCGCCCGAUCGUUCAACAUCAUGCUUCGCUAUCAGGGGCCGCCGCCAACAUGAGGAAAACACACAUGAGCUGAUGGAUUCAGUGAAGUGCACCAGAACAGCUGUAUCUUCUCAUUGAUGUUGCUUUUGGUACUGUAACUUGAUUAAACCAUGAAGCUUCUGAGGAAAAGCCAUGCAAAUAUCUUAUGUAAAUUGAUGACAACACAGGAAUGACGACCUGUGGCCAACUGGAAUCAACAGACAUCACACAAUAUGGUCAACUGCCUUCCAACCACUACCAAGUGCCAGAACACAGGGUUUGCCCUCAUGUUGGUUCCCUCUCCUGAAACACACAAGUCCUGCUCUCCUUGUUGCAAAAGCUCUUUUGAUAUCCUCUGACUAACCGGAGUAACUUCAUGUAAUUAUAUUACAGUGCUACAAACCAUUCAUGUCUGUUGUUGUUAUUUCUGAUGUCUAUUUUUUAUUUGAUUACUACAAUUAUUGUCAUUUUCAUCAUCAGUUCAAGUCAGGCACAGGGCUGGACAGCAUGUUUGGGUCCACCCUGGGCCAGUGUUCUGCAGGCGUGCAGCACAGGAGGGGGCACAUGUGAGGAGCGGCGUCAUGCAUGUGCUUUUCUGAGAUUAUUAUUGUGUCUGAACUUGC